AGCUUCAUGGCCUGAAUCAGAUGAUAUGACGGCCAUGGUUACUGCUCUUACUCGAGUGAUAAGAACCGAUGAACAUCAGCAGCAGCAGUUUACCUUCCCACAAUCAUCAUCAUAUCCCUCAUCAGCACCCCAAUCUGCGGUGAAAGAAGUCCCUGCAGUUCAAGAUCAAGAGAGCACGAGGAAAAAACAUUACAGAGGAGUAAGGCAAAGGCCAUGGGGCAAAUGGGCAGCUGAAAUUCGUGACCCGAAGAAAGCAGCUCGAGUGUGGCUUGGCACUUUCGACACAGCUGAAGAUGCAGCCCUUGCAUACGAUAGAGCUGCUCUCAAGUUUAAAGGCACCAAGGCAAAGCUAAAUUUCCCUGACCGUGUCCAAGGGAAUAAGGAGGUGAACAAUUUAACCGGUCCCGGAGAUUCGAGCACGGUCCGUUCCGAACAAAAUCCUACGCCUGUAAUGGAGCCUUCAUCAUGGUCGACUCAGGAUUCUUACCCUCACUUGUAUCAAUACGCUCAGCUGCUUUCAAGUAGUAAUGAUGCCGAUAUCUCGUAUUACACUUCCAAUCUCUUCAGCUUCAAUCAAGAGCCUUUAUCUCCUCAAUUCUCUUCAAUGUCAGCAUCAUCCACUCCCCCAUCAUCACAGUACUACCACCCGGACCUUACAAGAUUUUCCACAAACUACGACAGCUCGUCGAUAUAUCCUCGGCAAUACGGGAAAGACUUCGAUCCUAGUAACAGAAAUCAAUAGAGAUAUAUAACUUCUCAAGUUCGUACAUCUAGUUUCGAGAGGACAUGUGCACCAAGCAGUGAGAAAGAAUUCCCCAUUCCGAGCCCCUCGCUCCCUCCUUGAUGAUCUCUAUGCUCUUACUAAUUUCUUUUAUUCUUAUUUCAUGCAUGAUUUCAAUUGGUGCCACUCUUUCUAAAAGAAUUACAUUUGUAAACUGUAAUUCAGAUAUAUGAAAAUGAAGAGGGGGUAUGAUUCGUAUUUCAUAUGAGCA